ACACAAAAACCAGAAACUCAUCAGACGAGUAAAGAACUAUCGACCUCGUCCUUUUGGUCGCACGUCUGAAUCAUCAUCAAAGAUCCCUUCUUUGUCCCCGUGACAGAUCCUUCUUAACCAAACGUCACCGACCCAAUUCUUUUAUUUCCUCCUGGGUUCUGUAAUUUAGCUCCGUAAUUACGUUCCCAGGUUCGAGCUUCUUCUCCGGAGAAUCUGAAACAAAUUGGAAAAUCGAAAUUUUGGUUUUUUGUUUCCGCCAUUGCUUACUUCGGAGAAAGCUAAGGUACUGAGAAUCGCCCAGAUUUUUACAUGUCGGAAAAUUCGGCUCCGGCUAGUCUCUCAGGUGGUUGUGUACUGUGGAGAUAAAUCUUGGAAGGAAUAAAUAAAACAAAUGAGGAUGGUGAAGAACAAACACAACAAGAAACCAACCUCUCUGCGUUGUUCACCGUUUUCUCUAGUAUCAACAGUUGUGGGAUGUGUUUUCAUGAUCCAUCUAAUCAUGUUAUAUAGCAGAAAAUAUAGUGUAGAUCUCGAAGUCUCUUCUCAGUUACUAAUCCACCAUCCCAUUGUCCGUGAGCUCGAACGAGUCGAAGAAGAGAACAUUCACAUGCCGCCUCCUAGGAAGCGUUCUCCUCGUGCAAUAAAACGCAAACCGAAAAGACCAACCACUUUAGUCGAAGAGUUUCUUGACGAGAAUUCUCAGAUUCGUCAUCUUUUCUUCCCCGAUAUGAAAUCAGCUUUUGGUCCAACCAAGGAUGAUAAUGAUAGUGAUACAUUGCAUCACUUCUUCCCCGGGAGAAUUUGGUUAGACACUGAAGGGAAUCCGAUUCAAGCACACGGUGGUGGCAUUUUGUAUGAUGAAAGGUCCAAGAUUUACUAUUGGUAUGGUGAAUAUAAAGAUGGACCAACUUAUCAUUCUCACAAGAAAGGACCAGCUCGAGUCGAUAUAAUCGGUGUAGGAUGCUACUCGUCGAAAGACUUAUGGACAUGGAAAAACGAAGGCGUUGUGUUAGCAGCUGAAGAAACAGACGAGACACAUGACUUACACAAAUCCAACGUCCUCGAGCGACCAAAAGUGAUCUACAAUUCAGAUACAGACAAAUACGUGAUGUGGAUGCAUAUCGACGAUGCAAACUACACCAAAGCCUCCGUUGGUGUAGCCAUCAGCGAUAACCCAAUAGGUCCAUUCGUUUACUUAUACAGCAAGUCACCACACGGAUUCGACAGCAGAGACAUGACUGUCUUCAAAGACGAAGACAACACAGCCUACUUGAUCUAUUCCUCAGAGGACAACAGUGUCCUGCACAUCGGUCCUCUAACAGAGAAUUACCUCGACGUGAAGCCGGUUAUGAAGAGAAUCAUGGUGGGACAACACAGAGAAGCUCCAGCGAUAUUCAAACACGAAAACACUUACUACAUGAUCACAUCAGGUUGCACAGGAUGGGCACCAAACGAAGCGUUGGCUCACGCUGCAGAGUCGGUGAUGGGACCUUGGGAAACGUUAGGGAACCCUUGUGUUGGAGGGAACAGUGUUUUCAGGUCGACGACUUUUUUUGCGCAGAGCACGCAUGUGAUACCUUUGCCUGGUGUUCAUGGUGCGUUUAUAUUCAUGGCGGAUAGGUGGAACCCUGCGGAUUUGAGGGAUUCUAGGUAUUUGUGGCUGCCUUUGAUUGUUGGUGGGCCUGCUGAUAAGCCUCUUGAGUUUAACUUCGGGUUUCCGAUGUGGUCGAGGGUUUCUGUAUAUUGGCAUAGACAAUGGCGGUUGCCUUCAGCAGGAGGGAAGAAGAUUGCUUGA